AUGCUCCUCGCUGUCUUUGCGUCGCUCCUGGUUGCCCUAUCGUUCCUGCCACCCGCAGCGCGCUCACACCCCUCCGCAUCUGUCAAGAAUUUGCAAGGCCUUACCCCGAGAGAUGUAGACUUCACCACUAUGCGCUCUCGUCGUGCCGCGCUCGCCAUCGGUGGGGUCAACACCACACUGGUCCCAGAGAUCGGUUCUUGGCUCGACACGCUCAACGCCGAAGGCAAGUGGCCAGACUCCGAGGUUAACUACGCUACCGGCUGCGACGGACGUCGCGCGAACUGGCCGGCGGAGGAGCAUUGGGUUCGCAUCGAAACACUCGCGGCCGCAUGGCGCGGUGGCUUGCCUGGUGCGGAUGCAUAUGUGAACAGCAGUGCGGUGCUCUCCACCGCGUCGCGCGCCAUGGACUUCUGGUUCGCGAACGACAUGCCCAACCUGGACUGCCUCUACAACGGCGGCACCGGCAAUUGCCCAUGCGGGACCCCCGGCUUCUGGAACACCAACUGGUUUCCAAACUUGAUCGGGGUGCCUGUGCUCGUCGGAGACACGUGCCUCAUAUUAGGCAACAACACGCUAUCAGACACACAAUUCGGGAACUGCACGAACAUCCUCGAGCGCACCUUCGGCACGUUUGCCUCCGACGAGUGGUUCAUCACGGGCGCCAACAUCCUCGAUAUGGCCAAGUGCGGGAUCACCGCGGCGCUGCUCGCGGAGAACACGACCGGACUCGCGGACGCAUAUGGACACGUCCACAGCGAGGUCGUCGUCCAAGACGCGACAUUUGCGGAUGGGAUCCGUCCCGACGGCAGCUUCGGGCAGCACACCGGCAUCAUCUACAACGGCAACUACGGCAAGGACUACUCGAACGACGUCAUCGCGCUCGAGAUUACCGCCGGGGGCACCGAGUUCGCGGCCGGCGACGACAGCAAGAGCGCGUUCGAGACGCUUAUGGAUGGAAACCUGUGGAUGAUCUACAAGAACAUCAAGACUGGCAUUCUCCAUUGGGACUUUAGCGUGACUGGCCGCAUGAUCACCUUCGCCGUCUCUGACGAGCAGGCAACGUCGAGCAUCCUGAUCAACACCACCCUUCUCGCAGAGCUCGGUCAGCUCUGGGGCUCGGACACCAUCAGCUCUGCUGCCUCCCAGCUCACUUCAGAUACCGACAACGCGAACGUCGGAUCGGUGAAGGGAAACCGGAUGUUCUACGACAAUGACUACAUGGUACAUCGGGGCGACGGGUACGUCACCACGCUGCGGAUGUAUUCCUCUCGCACGGCCAACACGGAGUGCGUCAACAACCAAAACACGGUCGGUUUUCAUCUGGCGGACGGUACCGUGUAUACGUACCUGGAGGGAGACGAGUAUGAGGAUAUUGCUGGGAUGUGGGAUUGGAACUUGAUUCCUGGCACCACGACCGACUACGGCAACACUCCCCUCGACUGCAACCACACCGAGGCGAUCGGCAAAGAGGCGUUCGUCGGAGGUGCCUCGGACGGCACAAUCGGGGCGGCCGCGAUGCGGUACACGAAUCCGCUCACGGGCGCGCUGUCGUUCCAGAAGGCGUGGUUCUUCCUCGACGACGACGUGCAGCACGUGAUGCUCUCGAGCCUCUCCUCCGCGUCCUCCGCGCCCGUCUUCUCCGUCCUCGACCAAAAGCGCCACUCCGGCCCCGUCCUCCUCGACGGCACCCCGCUCGCCCACGGCGGCAACUUCACGCACGCGCGCACGCUCUGGCACGACGGCGUCGGAUACGCCUUCGCCCCCACCGGUGCGCCGGUCUCAGUCGACUGGGGCACGCGCACGGGCAACUGGGGCGCGGUCGGGAUCUCGGCCGCCGGGGUGCAGUCCGCGGACCUAUUCUCGGCGUGGGUCGCGUCCGCCGCGCCCGCGGACACGGAGUAUUCCAUCUUCCCCGCGACGAGCGCGGACGCGUUCCGCGCGAAGGCCGCGAAGACCGCGGUGACGCUCGCGACGGUGCGCAACGACGCACAGGUCAGCGCGGUGUACGACGGGGCGCACCACGUCGCAGCGGCGGUCUUCUGGGACGCCGCGGGCGGAAACGUGACGUUCGCCGCGCGCGAGCCCGCGCGUGCGCCGGUCGCGGUGUCGGUGCAGGAGGGCGCGAUCGUGGUGUACCGGCUGGACGAGGGCAAGAUCACGGUCGCGGACCCCACGCAGACGCUGUCGAGCGUGGAGGUGACGCUCGAGGUGGUCGGGCAGGGCGAGAAGCCGGCUGGGUUCGGUAGCAAAACGAGAGUAGUAGUGAGCGUCGCGCUGCCGUCGGGAGGCUCGGCGGGGAAGAGCGUCACGACGUCUCUGCUAGACGUUGCUUGA